GAGAGAGAGAAAAGAAGAAGAAGGAAGAAACCAUGGAAGAUGUGGCUGAUGAGAGAGAGAGGUUGACCUCUCUAACAAAUCUAAAUCCAGAAGAAGAAGAAGAAGAAGAGGAAGGACAGAAGAGAGAGAAAUCCCCAGGUGGAGAAAGAGAGGAGGGUGUGGAUACAGCAACAAGAGGAAAAGAAGAGGGGAUCAUAGAUCACAUAAUCUCCAACUUAAGUAUCAACAUUCCAAGCCUCUCUCCGCAUGGUUUGGAGGAGAAAAAAGAAGAGGUUAAAGAGAGCAUGGAAGAGACCCACCAAAAAGAGGAUGAGGAACCCAAUAAUGGUGGUGGUGAUGGAUUAAUAGAUCAUAUAGUCUCCAAAUUGGAUGCAACAAUAGCUAUAUCCCCAAGUGGUAAAAAGAUAAAAGGAGGAGAGGAAUCCUCUAGUGGUGGAGUUAUUAAUCACCUCCUCUCAACUUUACCUGCUUCUCUUCCUAUUUCAGAUGAACAAGCCCCAGGAGCAGAUGAGGCUUCUCUUCUCAUUUCCAUCGUUGAGGACUAAGGAGACUAGGCUUAUGUUUUUGUAUGAUUUCAUCUGGAAAUUAAAUAAUGUACUCUACGGUUUUUUUCUUUUUCUCUUUUUUAAUUUGUAACUUUAGGUGCAUGUGACCUCCACUUUUUAGCUAAAAAGCUCCUGCACUG